AUGAACCAUCCCCAGCACAACCACAACGGCGCAGACAGGAGGUUUCCCGCCGGCGGAGGCGGCGGAGAAGGGGGGAGUGGGGCCGUCAAGGAGCGGAGUAGCUGGUACCGCUCGCAGUUCAAGGAGCUGGAGAAUCUGGGGAAGGGGGGCUUUGGGACGGUCGUGAAAGUCCGCAACCGAGUGGAUCGUCGUCUUUACGCCGUGAAAAAAGUGGGGCUAGACCCCUUCGACAAGGAGACAAACCGAAAGAUUAGGAGGGAGGUCACCACCAUCUCUACCCUCGUCCACAAGAACAUCGUCCGGUACUACCAGGCGUGGCUCGAAGGGGGCGGGGGGGCAUUCCCCGCGGCCGUCGAAGAAGAGCGCAGCGGCGACGAAGAUGACGACGACGAUGACGAAGACGACGCAGCAGGGGCUGAAGGAGCAUCCGCGCUCGCGAAAACCACUGCUGCUGCUGUUACUGCCAAGGGCGAAACCACAGCGGCAGCAGUAGCAGCAACCUGCCACGACGUCCCGGGAGCGACCGAUAUUGGCCAAUCAGAAGAGGACCAGUCCGAGAUCGAGGCUGAGCUGGGGUUCUUCCUCACCACGAAGUCGUCGUCGAGUGCCAACAAAAACCGAAACUUGGAACCAAAACCGACUGCUUGCGCCGCCGAUUCGGAGCACCGCCUGAGGGAUACCGGGACCAUGCACACGGGUUUGGAGGGCAACGAGGCUGACGGUAACCAUGUCCAUUUCGACGAUGGCGUUGGCGGCCGCGGUUGCCCAGCAAGGCACAGCAUGGCGCUCGGGGAAGGCGAUGCUGGCAGCACCAUUGCCGUGAGAGGGGAAGACAGUAGUGCCGCCCCGGUGACGACGGCCGUGCUGGGCAAAAAGGCCAAGCGACUGCUGAGGAAGCAGGCCAGGAAGAAGAAGCGCUUGCUAGACGUCGCCGCGGUGACGGCAGCCGCUGUUGGUAGUGGUGAUACCGGGGCUGCUGGCGAAGGCUUGGAGGAGACGACUGGCAAGGGGGAAUCUGAGCCCCUUCGGAUACCUCGCGGGCGUCGAAAGCGUGCUGCUGAUGCUGCUGCUGCUGCCGCUACUGCUGCUGCUACGAAGAAAGAGGCCCCGUGGGCCCAAAAACGCGGCGUAGCUAACCACCAGGGAAGUUUCGGUUCGAUGGCGUCUUCGUCCUCGUCUUCCGGUGACAGCGAAACCGUCGAUACCGAUAACGAAGCCGCCGCCGAUGGAUGCGAAACCAUUCGCACUUGCGACGAUGAUAGCAACGACGACGACGACGAUGAUUGGUCAGACCAAGAAGAAAGCAAUGAUCAGGGGAACACCCGAAGCGAGGAGGGAUCGUGGGGGUCCGGGGGAGGCGACUACCGCCCUCACGGCCAAGGGAAGCUUGUGUCUGACGCCGAGUUUUUUCAGUACUUCGGCUCACCGGAAAGAGCGAGGUGA